GAAGCCUGAUCUGCUGCUGGUCAAAGAGGAGACAAUAGAAGAUGAARCAGAGAGCAUUGACCUGCUGAGUGGACUAAAGAUGGGGGAGCAAGGUGGUUGGCUGGAGGCUAACAGAAGAGACUGGGUGGCCAUCUUGGAUUUCCAGACCCAGACGGGUGCAGCCAAGGGCCCAGGGGACAACAUUACUGAGCAGGCCAGGACCAGAGGCGACAUAGUGGAGUCUGCAGUCCAUGAGGACCUGCUGAUAUCUGGUGUUGCUGACGGGAGAGACUGGACCUCUGAGGUGGGUGGUCACAAACCCUGGCCCCGGAUCAAAACCKUGGAUCUGGAGCCAUCACUCWUCCUUCCCGAGUCGGAACUAGGACCCAACCGUGAGGGACAGAGACUCCACCACCACACAAAACACAACCAGUGGACAGGAGGACUGAACAACCUCAGUCCUAGUGGUCAUCAGAGWGACAGAGGCUCCAGUCAGGGAUCCAGUCUGCAGUCUGGGGCUGAUAGAGAUAGACCCUCCUGUUCCUAUGAUACAAACACCACAGUAUCCAUGAUGAACAGAUCAGGUCACCCUGGGCUUCAGCCUUCACAGAGAGUGACGGGAGCCCCACCUGGUGGUAGUCUAUCAGCAAGUCGGUCUUCUCCUUCAGGGCCUCGUCCAAUGCCUGGUGACUGGGUUCAUAGAAGGUCUGGACCUGGGUCUAGCCUUCCUCAGCUACCUCAUGGUUACCCCACCAAUACAGACAGGGUCAGGAUGGGCGUUCACCAUAAGAGGUACCUAGCCUAUAACACAGCACACAAUCCCAACAACACCCAAACAAUGGCUAGAGGUCAAGGAGYGAGCUCAAAAACUCUUGCUUCUACCUCCUCUGGUGUCAUUGGGUUACAAUGUGGGAGGCCGAGCAUUAGGACGGACGCCGACAAGCCAUAUGCCUGCCCCACGUGUGGGAAGCGCUUUGCUGAGGCAAGGUAUGUGAAGCAGCACCAGACUGUUCACACCAAAGACAGCUUCAAGUGCAAAUUAUGUCACAAGAGCUUCUCCUUCCUGAGUAGCCUUAUCAGACAUAGGAGUGUCCACAAUGGGGAGAAAUCGUAGCAGUGUGGCUUAAGAUGUACACAGGGGAUGUCUUUAUCUGACAUAUUAUAGUUAUCUUGUGAAGUGUCUAGGGAUAAGAGGGUAAUUAACCACAUACCCCUCYUUAACCCCUUUAACUUUUAAUUUGAAACAGGCUUGCGUUAAUASCUGUUUUUAGAGAGAUAGUAAACCUAGGCUAGAACAAGUAUAGUUUAAUAUUCUCUGGUCUGAUGAAACCAAGAUUGAACUCUGGCCUGAAUGCCAAGCGUCACGUCUGGAGGACACCUGGCA